AUGAGGUUCUGGGCACUUACAGUUUUAUCUUUAUUGUUGUCUCUAUUACUAGGAGUCUCAUCGGAUACUCCACAAUGCGGAUCGCUAGCUGGGAAUGCCACAAGCGAAAACGACCUGUGCUGUAGCAGUGCUGGUUACUGCGGUUCAACAGAUGCUUACUGUUGUGCAGGCUGUCAAAGCCAAUGCCGUAACUGCAUCAUCACAGAAUCGAUGUUCGAAGAGAUGCUACCGAAUAGAAACGAUGACCGCUGUCCUGGAAAGGGAUUCUAUACGUAUGUCGCUUUUAUUAAUGCCAGUAAAGCCUACCCUGAAUUUGGCAUGACUGGCGAUGAUAACACUAGAAAGAGAGAGCUUGCUGCUUUCUUCGGCCAAACCUCUCAAGAAACUAGUGGACGGUGGAUAAUUGGAGAGGAUAUUGCUCCAUUUACAUGGGGAUAUUGCUUUUGUGAUCCAAAUACAAAUUCUGUUUAUCCAUGUGUAGCCGACAAGCAUUAUUAUGGCCGAGGUCCUCUCCAACUUAGGUGGUGA